GCAGCGCGGGAACCCGCCGGGGGGCGCCGCCGCGGGCGAGAUCCGGAGGAACAUCACGGGGGUGAUCCGGAUCUACAACGCAGACAAAGGCUGGGGCUUCAUAGACGCGGACGACGAGGGCCAGGGCAAGGACAUCUUCCUCCACGCCAAGCACAUCCACGGUGGGCCACCCCAGUUCUGGAUCGGCCACAAGUCCAACACCAAGGACGCCUCCAAGGUCCCGAAGGCGGUGGCCCAGGACGUCGUGCGCGUCACCUUCGACCUCACGUACACGAAGGAUUACGACGGGAAGCCGCAGGCGACCAAGGUGCGCCUCAUGGGCGACGUGAAUGUUGGCAGCGGUGCUCGCGGCCAAGCAGGCAAGGGUUCGGGCAAAG